GGCGGCAGCGCGCGCCCGGCCGGGGCCCCCCCACACCGGCCACGGACCCGCGCGGCGCGACCCCGCUCCUGGGGGCGUGAGUGGGGGGGGGGAAAGCAACCACAGAGCGGAUUAUAUCGCGAUAUAUCUAUUUUUAAAUUGGUUUUCGGUGGGUUUCGCGGCCCCGCAUGGCGGCGCGGGGCGGCCGGCGUGGGCUGCCCGGGAUGUCCCCGGUCACCACGUUGGCGUUGGACAUGGACAACCUGGUGGGGCUGGGCAGCCACUGGGACACCCCAAAGCGGGGGCUGCCCUUCCAGAGCCAGCAGUCCCGCCUGUCCCCGGAGCCGAUGGCCUCAGGUUCCUCCCGGGACUCUGUCUCCUCCGAGUCCUCGGAUGCGGGAGUGGGGCUGGACUCCCCCACGCAGGAGGACCCUCCGGUGCUGGAGGAAGCCUUCGACAAAGCGAUCCUGGAGUCCGGGAGAGUUCUCAAAGACAAUAAGCUCCUUAUCCGGAGGAUCCCCUCGCUGCCGCUGCAGCUCCUGGGGGCCAGCCCUGUCCUGAGGAACAUCUCCCACUCCCGGGAGUUCAACAGCUGCCAGGCCAGCGAGCAGAGGGGCCGGAGGGAGCCCGAGGACAAGGAAGGGUUUGUCUUCAAGAAGCCGCAGCGGCCGGGUCAGCGCAGCCGGCUGCCCGCUGGCGAUGGGGCUGCGGGGAGGGAUGCCUUUGCCCAGAGACCCAGCUCUGCACCCAGCCUGCUGUUUGACACCCCUGAGAAGGAAAACUUCUCCCAGGGCGAGAGCCCCAUCAUACUCCGCCGGUGCUCCUUAACCUCCUCCAUGUCUGAGGAGGAAGAUGAUGGCUUCAUAGAGAUCCUGGAUGAGGAAGAGAUGAAGCAGAGCGAUGCCGACAUGCCGCAGGGGAUGGAGAACCUGCUGACCGCGCCACUGGUGAGGAAGGAGGAGGCAGAGCCGCGUCCCGCAAAGCGCAGCAAGUGCCGGCAGCUCUUCCGCUCGCCCUCGAUGCCCAGCAGCAUCAUCAGGCCCAUCCUGAAGCGGAUAGACCGGCCCCAGGACAGGGACACCCCCGUCAAAACCAAGCGGCGGAGGAGCGUGGCCGGUACCCCUGGCGAGGAGGCGGCGGAGCCGAAAGCGCGGCUGCUGCGCUCCAGGUCCUUCUGCCAGGAGGAGAUCGAGAACCUGCUGGCCAGCGACCACCGGGAACUCAUCGGGGACUUCUCCAAGGCUUACCUCCUGCAGACGGUGGAGGGGAAGCACCAGGACCUGAAGUACAUUUCCCCCGAAAUGAUGGUGGCGGUGCUGACGGGGCAGUUCAGCAGCCUCAUCGAGAGCUGCGUGAUCGUGGACUGCAGGUACCCCUACGAGUACGAGGGAGGCCACAUCAAGGGCGCAGUCAACCUGCCGAUGGAGCAGGACGUGGAGGAGUUCCUGCUGAAGAAGCCCAUUGUGCCCUUCGACGCCAGCAAGAGGGUGAUCGUCAUCUUCCACUGCGAGUUCUCCUCUGAGAGGGGACCCAGGAUGUGCCGGUUCGUCAGGGAGAAGGACCGAGCCUGUAACGAGUACCCCCACCUCCACUACCCAGAGCUCUACGUCUUGAAGGGGGGGUACCGGGAGUUCUUCCCCCAGUACCAGACCCACUGCGAGCCCCAGGACUACCGCCCCAUGCACCACGAGGACUUCAAGGAGGACCUGCGCAAAUUCCGCCUGAAGAGCCGCACCUGGGCGGGCGAGCGCAGCAAGCGGGAGCUCUACAGCCGCCUCAAGAACUUCUGAUGCCUCUGGAGGGGGACGUGGGACCCCCUGCAGCCCCCCACCCACCCCGGGCUGCCAUCAGGCAACGUCUCCCAGCCCAAAACCCGGCCCUCUCCUCUGCCGGGUGUCUUGUACGACAUCACUGAACUCAGCAGGGGUGUAGGGGGGGUGGUGGUUGUGGUUUUACCCCCUUUUUACCCUAAAAACAGGGUAAAAGGUUUUACGCUUUACCUUAAAUGGUAGCUGUGGGCUGUGGCGGGGAGUGGGGGCUGCCUGGGGCUGCUCCCUCCAUCCCAGGCCAAGUCACUGCCACGUUCAGCCUUCCUUUGGAGGGGGGCAGAGCCGUGGUGGGUGCAGGCUGCCUCCCCCAGCCCCCCCACUCUGGGGUGUGGGGCUCAGGGACUGGGGGGCAGCUCCCCCCUCUCCAAACCAUUACUCCAGCCCCUUCCCCUUGCACCCUGAGCCCUGUUGAGGGGGCAGGGAGUGGUGGGUACCCCCCUGCGUGAGGACUGGGAGCUCCCCAGGAGAACUGGGGGCCCCUGGUGGGGCUUAAUGGGCAGAACUGUUGUAGAAAAAGCACUUAAACCUCCUUUGCCGCAGGACCCUUACCCCUCUCGGCUUGGGGGGGGUGCCUGGGGGUGGGGGGGCCCUGGGCGCAUGCCCCAUUGUGUGAUUGUUUCCCGGGGUCAGGCUGUACCCGGCCUUUGGGUUGUUUUUACGGUGUCUUUGUUACACCCCCAUUAAUAAUUCUGUCAGGAGGGAGAGCAAA